UGACAUUUGAACUGUUCAGUGUUGACUCUAAAACACAGUGAAACAAUACAUUAUGUAGUUUUCUUUUUUUUGUUUCCAUCUUAGUUCUGCUGACAGUCUGCUUUAUCACGCUUCCUUGUUUAUGUUUUUUUCCACUCGCUUGCUGAGCCAGUUUUGCCGCCACGCUGACGUAUGGGAGUUGUAGUUCAAUGAGUUCUAAAAAUGCGGUUUCCGCUUGUCCAGCUAAACACUUCAAAACUACAUUUCCCAUAAAAAGACUGGUUUUGCAGUGUUGUUAAAGGAUAACCUGGGCUGUAACUGCGUCUGGAGCUCCAACAGCUGCCUCGUCGUUUGGCACAACACACCGCGGACAGAAAUGUCGGCGACGUCAAGUGAUGCAGAGUCGUCCUGUGGCUGGACCAUUAUCAGUAAUGAGGGUUCAGAUAUUGAGAUGUUGGGAGCAGAGGCUGCCGAGCUGUUAGAGCGUCCUCCAGCAGAGGAGGAGGAGGAGGAGGAGCGGCAGGAUGAACAGGCCUCAGACUCCACUGCUCAGUGUGAUGAAGAACAAGUUGCAGAGUCACUUGAUGAAACUCUGAAAGAGCAAACCAUAGAUGAGACGGUGUGUCCCUCAGAGGACGCCCACAGCUCCACAGGGAAACAGCAUGUGCUGUCCUUCAGCGAUCACUCCGACAUUGUGACUCUUGGAGAUCUGAAGGAGGACGAGCCCGCUGAGGAGGAAGAGGAAGCAGCCAACGGGGAGUUUUACCUCGGCACCUCCUGCAGCAGCCAGUACGCUUUCAGUGCUGCGGAGACUGUAUUCCCAGGGCAGCAGCCGCUGCCUGCAGUGACUCACUCCAGCAGCAGUGAGGAUGAGGAAGGGCCGAGCACUGUUGUCCGAAGGCGAAGGUUGAGGAAGAAUACGGCUGGCAGCGUGACAGAGCCUGAGGAAGAGGAGGAGCAGGAUAAGGAGGAUGAGGGUGAAGUUCUUGAUGUCCGGACACAAGGCAAGGGCAGCAGCAUCCUCAGCAGCUGCAUCCUGAUCGCCCUCGUCAUAGCCUUCAGUGCGGGCUUUGGACACUUCUAUGGUUCAGUCCAGAUUAAAGAAAGGCAGAAACCAGGGGAGGAAAUCAGAGUGAAUGAACUCGAUGUUGUGAUGGAUCUGAUUCAACGACAUGUUCGAGAACAACCUUUUAAACACCAGGGCCAGAUUGUUGACUUUGGAGCGGAUGAUCUGGAUCAGCAAGAAGUGAACUCACUGCUCUCACAGGCCCAGAGAGAGGAGCUGGAGAUGUUGCUGAGAGAGAAGGAGCAGACUGACCUGAUGGUGUCCGAGCAGCACCUGUUGACCGCUGAGAACAUUCUGCUGAUGAACUCCCUACAACAUAAAGAAGCGUCACUAGCCGCCCUGCAGGAGGAGCUGAACAAGCUCAGAGAUCAGGAGGCGAUGAGAGCCGGUGCUGACGUGCUGCUUUCUGAAAACGAGAGGCUGUUAGACGAGCUGGAGGGGGAGAAACAGCUGGUCCGCAGCUUUCACAGCCAGAGGGUAGACAUGAUGGCUGAAACCCAGACACUGAGGAAGAAGCUCAACAAGCAGAGAACAGUUACAGAGGAGCUCAGGAGAGAGUUAGAGGAGCUGAGGGGUCUCUUCCCCAGAGCCAAUCAGGAGGCAGAGACAGAGGAGCUCCAGGCCCAUCUGACGGAGCUGGAGAAGAGGCUGAGCUUCGAGCAGCAGCGCUCCGACCUGUGGGAGAGGCUCUACCUGGAAACCAAAGAGGAAAGAGCUAAAGGAGACACGGAGCCCAAAGUCAAAAGUCAGAAAGGGGGCACGGCAGGAAAAGUUAAAGAGACAUUUGACGCUGUGAAAAACUCCACCAAGGAGUUCGUCCAUCACCACAAAGAGCAGAUAAAGAAAGCAAAGGAAGCCGUGAAGGAAAACCUGAGGAAGUUUUCAGAUUCCGUCAAAUCAACGUUCAGAAACUUCAAAGACUCUGCCUCGACCCUCUUUAAAAAUGCGGGAGGCUUUUAUGAGAAGAGACGUGGCGAGAAGAACACAAAGGAGGCGUGGCAGCACAGAUCCACUCACAACACACAGCAGCGCACACACCAGGCGAGCAGCCACAACACCCGUAAAUCAGGAGAUAAAGUUCACAGAGAUGGAGGUCAAGAUUCCCACAAGGCAAACUUCAAAGGAUGCUCGGGAGUGUUCGACUGCGCCUUCCAGGAGUCCAGGAGUCUCUUCGACAAAGCCAUGGAUCCAAUCAGAGCGGACGAGUUCAACCAGCUGCUGCGGAGCUACUUGCAGCAGGAAGUCGACCACUUCCACCACUGGAAGGAGCUCGAGAAGUUCAUCAACAACUUCUUCCACAACGGCGUGUUCAUCCACGACCGGAUGCUUUUCACGGACUUUGUCAGCGGCGUGGAAAACUACCUGAGAGAAAUGCUCGAGUAUCAAGGCCUCGACGACGACGUGUUCAGAGAUCUCGACGACUUCGUCUACCGGCACUUCUUUGGAAAGGGUUACAGAAAAAGCCACGGCCCAAACGGGCCGUUUGAAGGACCCGACACAGCCAAGGAGGCGAAGCAUCAGCAGCGGAAGCAGAGAGCGAGACCCCGACCGCACGGCGAGCGCACGUCGAGCCGCUCAGGAAGAGACGCAGACCGACACAUGGCCGACGUCAAAAUAGAACUGGGUCCGCUGCCGUUUGAUCCCAAAUAUUGAUAAUAUAUUUGAUUAGCCAAUUCCAUUUUGAGUUGUAUUUACCUGCUAUGUCCAACUUGUUUGCACAAUGUUAACUUUUUAAUGCUACUGAAGUUUCUUGAGCUGUUUUUGCUGUUUUGAAGAAGCUGUUACGUUUGAGUUUAAGAUGGGUAAACACCAUUAACACUCACCUUCAACCACAGCACAUAAUGUUUAAAAAUGUUUAUUGGGAAUGCAGAGCUUAUUUUAAGAUGAAUGUUUGUAAGUAUUUGUAGGAGUUGUUUUAAUUCGCUGCUACAGAGACAGAUGUGUAUGACUGAGUUUGCUUUCAUUGUAAAGAUGCUAUGUUCUAACAUUCCACAUGAAGCCUAUUUUUACUGGAUCUGAGUUUUAUUUUUAUUUGUGUGUAGUGUUGGGAAAGAAAUUACUGGAAGAGAAAAAUGACACCAUUUAUUUCAGUAGCAAUCUCAUUCAGGAUCCAUUGUUCCAGUGUCAGUGCCUUUCAUAUAUAAAGAUGCUCCCUCCAACUCUCCCCUCGGGGAAAUGAGUAUGAAACAUC